AUGCGUUUGCCCAAAUUUAGCGGAAAAUAUAGCGAAUUCAAAAACUUUAUUAGCCUUUUCGAAAGCUUAGUGAAUAACGAUCCAAGUUUAACAGAAAUUGAAAAAUUCAAUCACUUAAUCUCUUGUCUGACUGAUGAAGCGCUAGGAACAGUAAAAGCAUUUCAAGUAAGUGAAGGUAAUUAUGCCAAAGCAUUGGCCAGCUUGAAAAAAUUUUAUGACAACCCUUGUUUAAUUUUUUUCGAUAGUAUAUCGAAGCUUUUUGAAUUGCUAAAUAUGAAUAAGCCGAGCGUGUCAUCGUUACGAUCAAUGGUUGAUACUGUAUCAGCCAUUUACGAUUCACAUUUGGUAAGGUCAAAAGUCGACACUGUGACUAAGCAUAAGUGGGAAGAACAACUUAAUUAUAAUCAACUUCCAUUGUGGUCGUAUUGUGAAACAAUACUUAACAAACGUUUCCAGCAUUUAUCCCCUGACGAAGCGUCACCAUCUAGACUACAAGUAAAUAAGCCCAAGCAAGAUGCUGGCAAUAAGAAAGCCGCCAAAUCUUCGUAUGCCUGCA